CAAGCAUUGCUUUUCAUCUCGGUCCCUUUUUGAGACGAUCUGUUUUCCUGUACUGCUAGACAAUACCGGAAAGAUGACUGUUUCAACCAACUCAGAGGGUGUUCCCACUUACUGGGGCACCUCUGGCAGACAACUUCAGAUGCUCAUUACCGCCGUCGCCACUACCGAUUUCCUUCUCUUCGGUUAUGACCAGGGUGUCAUGUCUGGUAUCAUCGAAUCCGACGCUUUCCUCGAAGACUUCCCCGAAGCUGGCUGGGGCAGUAACUGGCAAGGUUUCAUUGUUUCCAUCUACGCUGUCGGCUGUCUUUUCGGUGCUAUCUUCAUUCUUACGCUUGGUGACAAGCUCGGUCGCCGCAAGGCUAUUUUCAUCGGUGCUACUGUCAUGAUCAUUGGUGUCGUCAUCCAGGUUGCCUGCGUUGGCACAAGUUCAGGAAGUACCGCACAAUUCAUCGUUGGUCGAUUCAUCACAGGUCUCGGAAACGGUAUCAACACAUCGACCAUCCCUACAUACCAAGCCGAAUGCUCCAAGGCCCACAACAGAGGCAAGGUCAUCUGUAUCGAGGGUGGUAACGUCGCCAUCGGCACGCUUAUCGCUUACUGGAUCGACUACGGGUGCACAUACGGACCUCACGACCUGGUCUGGCGUUUCCCCAUCGCUUUCCAGUGCUUCUUCGCUCUCAUCGUUCUCGGUAUCACCACAAGAUUGCCCGAGUCGCCUAGAUGGCUGCUUUCGCACGACCGACAAGAUGAAGCCACUGUCAUUUUGGCAGCCCUCCAGGCCAAGCCCGUUGACGAUGCUGAGGUCAAGCUUGAGGCCGGCAUUAUUCUCGACUCCAUCAAGAUGGCUGGCGGUUUCGGCGAAUCCACUCCUAUCUCGGUUCUCUUCACUGGUGGCAAGACUCAGCAUUUCCGCCGUAUGAUGCUCGGAGCUGGAUCGCAGUUCAUGCAACAGCUUUCUGGCUGCAAUGCCGUCAUCUACUACUUCCCUGUACUCUUCCGUGACUCCAUCGGUACCACCAAGAACCUGUCGCUUUUGCUCGGAGGUAUCAAUAUGGUCGUUUACUCCAUUUUCGCCACCACUUCCUGGUUCCUCGUUGAGCGUGUCGGUCGCCGUAAGCUCUUCCUCUGGGGUACCGUCGGCCAAUGCUUGUCCAUGGUUCUUGUCUUCGCAUGCCUGAUCCCUGGCGAUUCGAACUCUGCCAAGGGUGCCGCUGUCGGUCUCUUCACUUACAUUGCCUUCUUCGGUGCCACCUGGCUCCCUCUGCCUUGGUUGUACCCUGCCGAGGUCAACCCUCUCAAGACUCGUGCCAAGGCCAACGCCCUGUCUACCGUCUCUAACUGGUGCUGGAACUUCUUCAUCGUUAUGAUCACCCCGGUGCUCAUUGACAGCAUCAGCUGGGGUACCUACCUUUUCUUCGCCAUUUUGAACGCUCUGUUCUUCCCUGUUAUCUACUGCCUGUACCCUGAAACUAGUGGUCGUUCUCUCGAAGAAAUCGAUCUUAUUUUCGCCAAGGGCUACCUCGAGAAGAUGUCCUACGUCACCGCAGCAAAGGAACUCCCCAAGCUCGACGCUGCCGAGAUCGAUGCAAAGGCUCGCGAGUAUGGCUUCCAGUCUUCUGAUGAUGAGGCUGGUCAAAUGAAGGAUGCUCGUUACGGCGAGAAGGAGGAGGACGUCGCCUACAACGGCGGCGGCCAGAUGGCAUAAAGAACGAGACAUCUACGACUCUCUUUCUUUUCUUAAUGACCUUGUGUGUUUUUCACGACCACUAGAUGCGCAACAACAGAAGCCUGGCCGCUUCCUGGACAUUGGGUUUUGCGCAAGAGGAAAAAACUUAUACCCCCCCUUUUUAUAGAGAUACCACAUUUGCUUUUUUCUGUUUAUUAGAGAUAGAUUCUCAUACAUGAUACCACGCAUAGAAUGCAUAGAAUUGCUAUUUUACCAUCAUAUCU